UGAGUGGAGUGAAGCAGAGGAGUGGGGGUGGAGUGGCGAGUGUUGAAGUGAGAGCCGCGAGAGUGGUGCACCGGAUCAUCCUCUGUCCACGAAGCCUGACAGACAGUCAGUCACAGUGGUACAGUACCACUAGGAGGUCAGUCAACAGGCGACCGAAGCUGCCGAUGGCUAGCUCAGCGUUUGUCAUUCAUCAAUUUGGAAACGGAACUGUUGGUUCAUUUCGUGUUCGGGUCUGAUUACGAAACCAUUGCAUUGUUGUUGACCCUGAUGUGAAACCUUCGUGCUGGAUCAAUGAACCAUUGUGUUGUCUGCGCUGUCCUAAUUUGUGACUUACGACUGAAGUUGAAGUGUGAUAUCAUUUUAUUUCAAAGUUCUGAACGGUUGCAAACGAGGUCGGGUAGUGAGGUACAUUUUUGACAAUGUAUUCGGCACGCAGCACUGGCAGCUUAGAGCUUGUGGACCCAGAGGCAGAAGGAGUCAUCACGAAAUAUCCCAAACUUGUCGAAUUUGAGGAAACUUUUCGGGAUCCUGAGGAUAACUCAUCUCUGUUUAGCAGAAUUCCUCUUGCUGUGAAGGGGUACUUCUCUGAAUGUGAUGUGACAAAAUCAGUGAAUAGAUUUUUUCCAUUUAUAAAAACUAUUCGAAAGUACAAAGUGAAAGAGGACCUUCCCAAUGAUUUGAUAGCAGGAAUUACUUCAGGAGUAAUGAUGAUACCUCAGGGUAUGGCUUUUGCGGCUCUGUCCACUUUGCCACCAAUUGUGGGUCUGUACAUCUCAUUCUUCGCUUCAAUUACAUAUUUUUUCUUGGGUACAGGCCGUCAGUUAUCGUGGGGGUGCAUUGCCAUCCUCAGUCUUAUGAUUGCAACCAUCCUGGACAAAUACGAUUCUUCUGUGGCUGGUGAGCUAUCAUUAGUAUGUCUGAACGGAACUUUGAAUGGGCAAAGUGUUCCUGACUCUUUAGGCAGCUUACCAGAAGCAAGCACUGUCGCAAAGUACAUUUUGACAAUGUAUUCGGCACGCAGCACUGGCAGCUUAGAGCUUGUGGACCCAGAGGCAGAAGUCAUCACGAAAUAUCCCAAACUUGUCGAAUUUGAGGAAACUUUUCGGGAUCCUGAGGAUAACUCAUCUCUGUUUAGUAGAAUUCCUCUUGUGGUGAAGGGGUACUUCUCUGAAUGUGAUGUGACAAAAUCAGUGAAUAGAUUUUUUCCAUUUAUAAAAACUAUUCGAAAGUACAAAGUGAAAGAGGACCUUCCCAAUGAUUUGAUUGCAGGAAUUACUUCAGGAGUAAUGAUGAUACCUCAGGGUAUGGCUUUUGCGGCUCUGUCCACUUUGCCACCAAUUGUGGGUCUGUACAUCUCAUUCUUCGCUUCAAUUACAUAUUUUUUCUUGGGUACAGGCCGUCAGUUAUCGUGGGGGUGCAUUGCCAUCCUCAGUCUUAUGAUUGCAACCAUCCUUGACAAAUACGAUUCUUCUGUGGCUGGUGAGCUAUCAUUAGUAUGUCUGAACGGAACUUUGAAUGGGCAAAGUGUUCCUGACUCUUUAGGCAGCUUACCAGAAGCAAGCACUGUCGCAAACACUAUAGCGGACACUACAUCAUCAAGUCUAGUGACUGAUUACGUAGUCUUACAAAAUACAACCCACUCAGGUAGUAGCAAGACAGCAGAAGAAAUGGCAGCUAUAGUUGCCAAGAGGAUGGAAGUUGCUAGUGGAGUAAGUGUUGCAGCUGGUCUAAUCUUGAUACUGGCGUCGCGUGUUGGUUUGUCAAAAAUAACAAACUUGAUGUCUGACUCUCUUAUUACUGGAUUCACUGUCGGUAUUUCUUUCCACGUUGCAACCAGUCAGUUGAAAAGUUUGUUGGGUUUGUCCAUCCCGAGGUUCAAAGGAAUUGCAUCAGUUAUUAGGACAUGGAUAGAAAUUCUGAAAAAACUACCUGAGACCAACAUUGCAACUUUAAUCAUCUCAAUCAUAUGCAUGCUUGUGAUUUAUCUGGUGAAGCGAUGUAUAAAUGAGAGAUUCAAGAAGCGUAUGAGGAUUCCUGUUCCUAUUGAACUCUUCGUUGUUAUAGUUGCUACACUUAUCUCCACUUUUGCGAAUCUGAACGAGACUUAUGAUGUCCCUGUGGUGGAGGAUGUGCCCAUUGGAGUGCCAGCCCCGAAGUUUCCAGACCUUACCUUAGUCACAGACUACAUCGGAGAUGGAAUUGUUAUUAUCAUAGUAUCGUACGCACAAACUCUAGCCAUGGCAAAAACUAUGGGACUGAAGCACAAUUAUCAAGUAGAUGCUAACCAGGAAAUGCUGGCAUGUGGCGCCUGUUCUGUAGUGUGUGGUCUUUUCUCCAGCUACAUCACAGGUGCUUCUGUCUCUCGGAGUGUGGUACAGGACGGGGCGGGUGGCCGGACCCAGAUCGCUUCCCUUUUCGCUGCUGGACUUGUGCUCCUUGUGAUCAUGGUUAUUGGACCAUACUUCUACUAUCUCCCAAUGUGUGUGUUGUCCUCCAUUAUUGUUGUCAACCUGAGGACCAUGUUCCUUAAACUGUUAGUUAUUCCCACUGAGUGGAGAAAGUCAAGGUAUGAUUGUGCUGUGUGGGUAUUCACAUGUGUGGCUACAAUUGUGCUAAAUGCUGACAUGGGUCUUCUGGCUGGGGUUGUCUUCUCUCUUUUCCUUGUUGUUAUGAGGUCAAUGAUAACCCCUGUUGUGGAAGCCGGGCAGAUUCAGACUGGAGCCUUUAAUGUUGAACUGCGUUCUUUAAGUAAAUAUUCUUCAGCUACCAAGCUUCAGAGUGUGAAGAUAAUAAAGAUUAAAACACCCUUAUAUUUUGUCAAUGCCAAUAUCUUCACUGCAAAAGUUUUUCAGAAGACUGGCAUCGAACCCAUUGUCUUAAAGAAGCAGCUUAAGGAAGCUAAAAAAGUGGUGGAGACUGCAGAUAAGGACACGGAACAUAUGAAUGGUACCAUGCUAGGAACGGGUCCGGAAGACACAAAGGUAAUUGUUCUAGAUGCUUCAGAGGUGGCUUUUAUAGACUUGAUGGGAGUGCAGGCUCUUCAGUUUCUCAUCUCAGAAUUUGUAUCUGUUGACAAAGAGGUUCUCAUAACAUCCAUUCCUGAAAGUAUUUUGCCAAUGCUUCAUUCUACAGGAUUCUGGGCUAAGAAUGGAGAUCGUCUUUUUCUGUCUGUCGAGGCUGCGUUAGCGUCCAUAGUGACUACUGCUGAAACUAAGAAAGAUUGAAAAGAGGCUGAAACCGUUUAGAAAAUAAAAGCCUGUUGUUGUUUUUUUUUCAGAAAUCCUUUUCAUUGUUUUUUUUUCUUUAAAAGGUUUAGUUUUUAUUUUGUCAUAGUGAUAUUGCUCAGUUUAUAAUAAAGAUGAAUAAAGUUGCAGCUUUCUUCUUUAGAUGCUGUACGAUUGGUCCCUAUGCUGUUAGUACAUUCAUCCUCUAUAAUUUCAUAACGUUUAUUCUUUGUCAUGUAUGAUGUCUUUCGGAUCUGUUAUAUUUCAGUAAGAAUUUAGUGUGGAAGUUCUUGUGUUUUCAUAUAUUGUAUCAUUGUGUUUGUACAUACAUAUAAAUAUAUAUAUAUAUAGAUUCUAUUCUGUUGUGUAUUUUGUUCAUUUAUUUCUUUUUGUAUAGGUGCCAUAUAUAGCACAAAUCAAAGAUUUUAUGUUCUACAGCCUAUCACUGUUCUUAACAUUGAAUGUUAAAUCUUUACUUUUAUACUCCCUUAUUUGCAAAAGUCAUGCUACUUUAUAAAGAAAUACUGUUUAUUGAAUGGUAUAUUUUAAGAAGUUGGAGAGGUCAGUUAAUUUCCUUUAAUUUUUUUUUUUGGGGUAACUUUUUGUGUGGUUCAUUUCUAUUUUACUGAUGACCAAACAUUUGAGUUCAAGCUGGUUAUUGUUAGUAUAUUAUAUUACUAUCAGUAUAUUUUUCCCUCUUUUUUGAGAUAGCUGUUCUCAGGAAACAUCAUCCUAGGCCUACCCUGGAUAGUUAAAAUGAACUCAGGAUUUUUACAAUUCAAGGGCAUUUAAAGGAUUUUGGUCAUGAUUAUUUAUGAAAUCAUAACAUUUUAACUUGCACAUUAUUUUGAAGUGUUGUUAGAGAUAAAGCGGAGUCGACUUAAACUGAACAAAGUUAAUCUGAAAACAGCAGUAAAGCUAUAGAAAAUGAAAUCCGUAGAUUUUUUUUCUAUUUUUUGAUUAACUUCUCUUGAUCAAAAAAACGGCUAGAUCUAAACCGAGGAAAAUCCAGCAGCCCCACAAACUUCGGUUUAAGCGCACUCCACUGUAUAUUCAAUGGAUCUCUACCAGAAGUAAGAAGCAAAGAGGAAGAAAUUCUGUAAAUGUGAGAAGCUUUGAGUGUGAGAAAGAGAGAUUGUGAAAAUGACCAGUGUUUAGAAAAAGUCAAGAGAAGAGGCAAGAAGUAAACAGUGAAGAGAAUAACUCUCGUUUAACUCAAAACCAGUUAAACAGAUUCCUGCUGGCAAAGAAAGCUUUGUCUUCCAGGGACAUCUGUUUCUUCUUCCCUGAGAUCUUUUUAUGCUUCUUUGACUAUGUGGAUGUUUGUGUUCUUCCGUACUUUCCGUCCACGAUACUAUGUCAUGGAAUAUUGGUUCCUUCCCUUUGCAGCUGAGGGAUGGGAGUUUUUUUAACUUUUAGUUUUAGUUCAUUAGAGAUCCAUUUUAAGCCUUUUGACACUAGUUGCUUACUGGUUUGACUUGCGAAUGGAUCACCAAAAAAUCACGGGCUUGUCUUUUACCUGUGACAGGUUCAGCUUUGUGUUCUUCAGACAGAGACAUGACACAGUUUUUCCCACUUCACACUCUUGUUCAGAUGGAGAUAUAUUCCAGCACAUUUUUCAGAAGAUUAAACCUGUGGCAGAUUAGCAUAAUGUCCAGGAGGUGAUUUAGGGCUAAUUCUGAUUAUAUUACGGAAACAUAGAUAGGCUCUGAUUUUAGUUUUAGUGGCUACAUUGUCAGAGGUCCUGGGGUGACUAAGAAUUUUCUUUUCUUUCGCAUUAUAUUCAUCCACAGAGGUGUUAAAAACGAAUCCACACUUGAGUAAAUGUUUUUUUAUCUUUGGCGUCUAACUGCUUAGCUGAGUUCAACCCUAAAUAAAUUGUCCUUACAUUCACUCUUGUGACAGAUUUUGCUUAAAUUAAAUCACUUUUUAAAAUGAAAAUGUAUAUUUAUUAGCUGUGCUGUUUUAUGUUUUAUUUUUUGUUUAAAAAAGGAUUAUCCUUUUUAAUGAUGGUGUAGAUCUGACAGUGUAAAAAAAAAAUAACAACGAAAUAUUUACAGGCUGUAGUUAAUACCCGUGAUGAAAAUUGAUAAAUAUAGGAGGUAAGGUGUGCUGUCAGUCCCUGGUGACAGGUGUUACAUGUUUUGUUGAGGAGUCACAACUCUUGAAAUGAAAACUUUGCUACUCUUGAGCUCUCACAAGGUACUAUUCAAGCGAAAGAAGAAACUGUUAUCACUGCUUGAAUGUCCUUAAGGCUUACAGUGUCACCUUUUCUUUCCCACAGUUAUUGGCCUCUUGACUGUUCUAGUUCUGUUGGGAAAGUGGUAAAUACUGAAAUAUAUUGGAUUAAACAGCAAGUACACAAGUACCGAACUUUCUUUAGCAUGAGUUUGAUGUUGAAUUUAGCAUUAUUAUUUGGCUGUAAAUCAAAUAGAGUAGAGGUAAAAUUGCAUGCAUGUUUCAUAUUAACUUCAGACAAUGCAUGUAUUCUCACAUUUCUUCUUGGGACUUUCUCUAAUGUUACAGAAUAAAUUUUAUGUUUGAUUU